AUGAUCCUUUCUUUCUUUCUUUCUUUCUUUCUUUCUUUCUCCUCUUUUACCUAUAUCGCAGUUGGUUCAUCUAUCUAUCUAUCUAUCUAUCUAUCUAUCUAUCUAUCUAUCUAUCUAAGCCUGUUCAUUAUCUAUCUAUCUAUCUAUCUAUCUAUCUAUCUAUCUAUCUAUCUAUCUAUCUAUCUAUCAGUGCGCGCGUGUGUAUGCGUACAUGCCUUUUCUUUUUCUCUCAUUCUUUCUUUUCUUUCUUUCUUUCUUUUUUCUUUCUUUGUUUGGAUCUAUCUCAGUUUGUUCCUAUCUAUCUAUCUGUAUCUAUCUAUCUAUCUAUCUAUCUAUCUAUCUAUCUAUCUAUCUAUCUAUUACCUUCUCUUUUUCCUUUUCUUUCCUGCCGUUUUUCUUUCUCAUGCUGUUUCUUUCUUUCUUUCUUUCUCUCUUUCUUUCUUUCUUUCUUUCUUUCUUUCUUUCUUUGUUGCUAUCUGUCUCAGUCUGUUCCUAUCUAUCUAUCUAUCUAUCUAUCUAUCUAUCUAUCUAUCUAUCUAUCUAUCUAUCUAUUACCUUCUCUUUUCCUUUCUUUUUUUUUGCCGUUUUUCUUUCUCAUACUCUUUUUUUCUUUCUUUCUUUCUUUCUUUCUUUCUUUCUUUUUCUUUUAUUUUUUUAUUAUUUUUAGGUUUUUCUUUUCUUUUUCGUCGUUUUUAUUUCUUUCAUUCUCCCAAACCUUUUAUAUCUAUCUCUCUUCCUAAGCACCUUUUGUCCUUUUCUUUCUUUCUUUCUUUCUUUCUUUCUUUCUUUCUUUCUUUCUUUCUCCUCUCGCCUAUCUUUCUAGCUCUUUUCUCCUUUCACACAUUACCGAUUUAA